AUUCGCAGAGUUGAUUCCACGGGAAUUUCAUCAACAUGCUUCUUAGAUUUAUUGUUACCCUCAUGUUUUUAUGCCAAAUUUUUGCCGCUGAAUCGUGGAGAAAACCAGGCUGUCAUAGAAUUGGUCACACAAGAAAUAUAAGCAUCCCAGAUUGCGUAGAAUUUAAAAUAACAACGAAUGCAUGCCGCGGGUAUUGUGAGUCCUGGUCCCUUCCCAGUAUUAUGCUUGGGUUUAAGAGACAUCCCGUAACUUCAUUAGGACAAUGCUGUAACAUAAUGGAAGCUGAAGAUGUACCUGUCAAAGUCCUGUGCUUGGAUGGAGAAAGAAAUUUAAUAUUUAAAUCUGCGGUUUCAUGCGCAUGUUACCAUUGCCAAAAAGAAUGAAAAUAAUAUUUUUAACUUAACAUUUUUAACUAAAUCUAAUCAAUUUAUUUGGAGUAACUUGUUGAAUGUUACAUCAGUAUGCUGCGAAGUAAGCUGG